ACGCUGCCGUAUAGUUGCUGCUGUCAUCUCAUGCCCACCCAUCAUCCAGUCAGAGAGUCAAAGUCGAUCAAAAAUGGCUGGAGGAAUCAGCGACAUCAAGAAGCUCGAGUACGAUAUCUACAAAUAUUCUAGCUACUCAUCCUCCUAUCUGCCCGAGAACAUUCGAGAGGAUAAUCCCACCAACCAAACUUCUCGAUGGUCCUCGAACACGAACAGCCCGCCGCAAUUUUUGAUUCUCAAGCUGGAACGGCCUGCGAUCGUCACCAAGAUCAAGUUCGGCAAGUAUGAGAAAACCCACGUCUGCAAUCUGCGCAAAUUUAAAAUUCUCGGUGGACUGGAAGAGGAAAGGAUGGUGCUGUUGUUUGAGGGCGGUCUCAAGAAUGACUCGGUUCCGGAAACGUUCAACCUGAAGCAUCGAACGAAUUCGGGGGAACUACUGCCGAUCAAGUUUGUUCAAAUCGUUCCUCUACUAUCGUGGGGACCGAGUUUCAACUUUUGCAUCUGGUAUAUCGAGCUUCUUGGCAUCGAGGAUUCGAUUUUCAUACUCUCCAAUCUGCGCAAGUACAACAUGCUUCGUGAGGUUGAAAUCGUACGGCUUUUUAUGAAGCACUGCCGCCAGCAGGGAUAUGUGAAAGCAUUCAGCGCCCUGCAGGAAGAAACGGGCGUCCGACUUGAGGACGAAAAAAUGACCGAACUGCAUGAGGUUCUGGUCAGCAAAGGAGAUUUUAAGAAGACUGAGGAAAUGCUGGUCGAGUUUAUCAAAACUGGUCUAAUGGACGACUACCUCUCGAAGCAGGAGUAUAAACCGCACUGGAAUUUGCAACUGACACCGGAACAUGAACCACGGCCUGGUCGUCGCGGCGGUCACCAGUUGAUCAUCGAUCCUUUGACUAGCACCAUUUAUCUGUUUGGUGGAUGGGACGGUAGCGAAGACUUAAGUGAUUUGUGGUCGUACGACGUAAAAAACAAUCGAUGGGCGUUGAUUCACGAAAAGUCAGAACUACUGGAAGGACCAACGCCUCGAGCAUGCCACAAAAUGGUAUAUGACACGCAAAACUCGCAAAUUUUUAUGAUUGGACGUUAUUUGGACAGCGCUUCCCGUACCGAGGAGAACAUAAACAGUGACUUUUAUCUAUACAACACUGCAAGCAAAACCUGGUUCUUGAUUUGCAAUGACACCGCACAAGUCGGGGGACCUCAACUGGUCUACGACCAUCAAAUGUGUAUCGACGGGGACAAGCAAACGAUUUACGUUUUCGGCGGGCGCAUUUUAGAACCCAAAUUUUCUUUCUCCUUUAGAAAUGAGGAGGAGACAACAGGUGACUACAAGUAUUCUGGACUGUUUUCAUACCACAUCAGUACUAACACGUGGAAUCAUAUCCUGGUGGAUUGUGGACAUCAGUCGGCUGCCAGUCCGCACGUGCAGAGCAUCAAGUCCCGGGUGACUCACUCGAUGCUCUUCCAUCAUAAACAUCGAAAGCUGUACAUUUUCGGUGGCCAGCGCGGCAAGGACUAUAUGACGGACUUCCUCAUCUACGACGUGGACAGCGGUGAACUGUCGAACAUGACACCGGAAAAUGUCGGCACAGACUCGAAAAAUGUGCCCCAGUCGGGUUUCACCCAGCGAGCGACCAUCGACUGUACUAAGGACGAAAUAUACGUACUGACUAGCUUGAGCAAGGAAAAGGAACGUCGAGAUUUGAACAUCAACUCCUUCUGGUUGUUCUCGCUGGCAAAGAAGGAGUGGUGCUGCGUGUACAAGAGUGACCACUCGAUAGGUGAGAAUUGCUACCUGAAAAAUCAAAAUGCCUGCCCCGAACCGUGUCCAAGGUACGCCCAUCAAAUUGUGUACGAUGCAGCGAAUCAGGUUCAUUUCUUGUUCGGUGGUAAUCCUGGGAUGAAUUCACACUUCCGGCUGGACGAUUUUUGGAUGCUGCGACUAGAAAAGCCAACGAGGGACCAUAUACUGCGCUACUGUAAAUACCUGCUGAGAAAACAAGAGUAUGAAGAAAUUGCCAAAACGAACCCACUGUCAGCUAUUGCCUACUUACAAACGAAACUGUAUGAUAUUAUCGACCACAACGAUCCGGUACAGCUGAAAGAGUUCCACAAACUGGCUUCCCUCCUGUUCAAGUCUGACAGCACGGAUUGUGAAACGGAACCAACUAGUCUUCUGUCUUGUCCACUCGGUGGGAAUUUAAAGCCCAAAAGUCAGAAGCACCCGAACGAUCACGAACCAAACGAGGAAAGUGCGAAAAUGAUGCGCGUUGAGUCACCGAAAAGCGCCGACGAGGCAGACGCAUCCAGUAUCAGCUCUCUCAGUAGUGAAUGUUCCAGUUCACAAACGGCUCGAGCAAUCGCGUCAAGUUCGUCUAGUUUAUCGUCCCGAAUUGGUAAGGGAAACGAUCAGCUCUUUGAGCUCAAAAUUCGACGUUGUCUGUUGUACAACAAACUCGUGGACCUGCUUCCAGAAAAUCUGUGUCAGCCAAAGAAAAAUAUCAGCGAUUUUGUGCUACUAUAAUCGAUGACACGUGCUUUCCCUGUCCCGAAACGUAGUGUUUUUCCUAACCCUCUAUCCCAUUACAACUUGACGCUUUGCAUAUCUUUACUUCGAACAGAUCGAACGGAUUUAAAACGAGGAAACGGAAAUGUGAUAUUACUAACCCCGUUCUGGAAUUGGUCCAUAGCUUUCCACAGUUUUUUUUCCGUGCCCUAUUUACUAUUGCCAUUAUAUUAGGACCUCGUAAAGUUUUUCAUAUAGGUGAACACAAUGGUUCUCAUCAGUCAAUUCUAAGGCUUGCUUCAUAUGCGAUUUAGGCUGUCGUUAUUCUGUUAUCCAUUAAGAAAGACAAUCAACUCAAUAGUGACAUACGUCUGAAUCGAACGUCGUCUUUUCUGUUCAUGUUCUGUUAUAUUGCAAUAGGUUUUUUUGACACCAUACCCGGACGCAUCACAAGAUUUUUUCGUUCAUAUUUUAUGCAUAAUUUUUAAUUGCAUUAAUCGGAAAGUGCUGUUUGUAAUAUAAAUCGUAUUGAAAAUCUCUAAA